AUGUCUCUAUCCUCCCAUCUCCGUGAUCCAGAGGCCCAGGGACGUGAGACUGAAGAGUGCCAUACGAUCAUCAGCAUAAUAUCCGAGAAACCUGACAUUCGUUUAUCCCCAGCCUACAGUCCUCCCAGUGCCAACCGUGCUACCGGGGACGAGCUACCCUGCUACAUUUCCACCACUCCCUCCGCCAAAAGGAAAGACUCAGUUAUCACCCCCACCGACCUGAUGAGUUUCAUCCGGCCCAAAAAGCUCUGGCUCAACUGCCUGGCCUCCACCCUCCUCGCCGCCAUCUUGAUCCUUGCCGUCUACCGUCCAGCCGGCCUGGCUUCCCCUCUCCGUACCUCUGAACAGGACCAAGUCCAGUUCCAGAUCGGCUUCCAAUCAAACACUUCGACUACCACUACCUAUCCUGACGUCAAUCCCCUCUCCCAGGAGUCUCCUGACCAACUUUCAUCCGAUCAAAUCAGCCGCAGAAUCUUAGAUGCUGCUCCGGUCUUAGGGUUUUACGAACAAUCUCAUGGAAAACUGUCCAACUGGAUGGCAAACGUCCCAGACCAUGUCCCCAUAACAAGCAUGUCCAUUCCGGGCACCCACGACGCAGCCACAUGGAACUACACCCAAGCUACCCAAACGCUCCUUGAACCCGUGACCGGGAAACUGCCUCCGGCCAUCGCAUUUCAAUGCCAGGAUAGAAGUCUGUUCCAGAUGCUCGGAGAUGGGAUCCGAUUCUUCGAUCUCAGAGUAGGAUUUUUACCUGACCACCGACAACUAGGAUUUUUUCAUGCUUCGGCACUAUUGAGCACGACUGCAACGCUACCUGAUGCCCUGCUGGGAUUUUAUAAGUGGCUCGAUGACCAUCCCUCCGAAACUAUCCUUAUCUCCAUCAAAGUUGAUAAUGCUACAUACGGAAACCCUCCUGACAAGGGACAACCUUCCAGUAAAAUACUCCAACUCAUGCUCUACGAGCUUCUUACUGGUUCCGAGAUGGCCCGAAAUCACUGGUUACAGGAAGAUAGCAAGCUUGGAACGUUGGGACCAGCGCGAGGAAAGCUGAUAUUCAUCCAACGAAUCGACUGGGACGAGAUCCGAGGCAGUCCAGAAUACAAGCCUAUCGGGAUCCCCCUCCCACCGCCGCAGUUCAACGACAACGACGGCAACUUCACGAUCAUGUACAACCCAGAAGACCGCGCGCGCGCAUUCGUCGAGGAUUUCUACAACAUCCUGCCGAACCCGACUUCCAUCCAGAAGAAGUUCGAGCUCAAGUUCCAGGCCGUUCAGAGCCAUUUGGAGCUGGCUAACAGUAGCAAUCCUGACUCCGUCGAUCAGCUUUUCAUCACCUUCGCAAGCGGCGGAGCGCUCCGCAACUCGCCCCCUGUAACACCCAAGAUGUUGGCGAUCGGAUCGGGAGAAGGGCCGAGUCUGGCCGGCUCAGUGAACGGCAGAAUCGAGCGGCUGAUUGCCGAGAGAUCGAGUGCUGGGGAUGGGGCGGAUGGACAGCCGGCACAGAGACUGGGCAUCUUGAUCUUCGAUUGGUACCACCAGCUCCCCAAUCUUGUCCAAGCCGUCAUCAACCAAAACCCUUCCGACACUCCCGCUCCCCCUGCUCCUUCUUUGGAUCCCGCUUCCCCUGCUCCUUCUUUGGAAACUCCUCCUCCCGCUUCUUCUGAAUCUCAAUCUUACGGCUAUGAUGGCUCUAAUUACGACCCCGACUACUCUCAAUCCGUCUCCUGA